AGUACUAGAAUCUUGGUGCAUCUCUAUUAGUCCCAACACCGGGCGAUCCCGUGUCAGAAUUGAGGGAUCUAGUGACCACCUUGGCCAACAAUAGUACCCAGUAGUUCAAUAAAUUGGAGCAAUUCAUGGAAUUGGUUGCAGGAGAAUUCAUGGAGAUUGAAGCUAGCUAGAGGAACCAGCAGGCACUCCUGCAGGAUAUGGACACAAAAAUCGGGCAUCUGACAGAUGCCCUUGCUUUCAAACUGGCUGGCACACUUCCUGGCCAACCCCUGCCGAAUCCUAGAAAUCAUAAGGAGGGGUUACACGCCAUCAUGCUGAGAAGUGGGACUGUGACUGAGGAUGCACCACCGAAGAGUGCAAAGAAGGUGACGCAGAUAACCCCGGAGCCGGAAGAAGACCUGGUGAUGGAAAAGGAGCCAGAGGUUCGGGCUCCAAAGCCCCAGCCAAUAGUGGUUGAACAUAAGCCUAAGUUCCCUUUUCCCACCAGGAUGCACAAAGACCGGCUAGAGGAAGAGUUUGGGAACUUCAUGUCCAUGCUUAGGAAGCUGAAUGUUCAAGUGCCCUUCUUGGAUGCACUAUCUCAGAUGCAUAAGUAUCCGAAGUUCCUAAAAGAUCUCCUCUCUAAGAAGAAAAAGCUGAACGAGUUGUCCACUAUGGAGCUCAGCGAGGAGUGCUCGGCUAUUCUGCAAAGCAAGCUAGAAGGACCCAUGUAGUUUUACUAUCCCGUGCUCUAUUGGUAAAUUGCAUGUAGAGAGGUCCUUGGCAGAUCUAGGCGCUAGUAUCAAUGUUAUACCAUAUAAUUUUUUCAAGAAACUAGGCCAAGGUGA